GUAUGCCAACGUCUCCGAGCAGCAGGCUCGGCAGGCGCUCACGGAGGAGCCGGCGUUCUCCACGAACGAGGCGAAGCGCCGGUUGAGCUACCUGCAGUCCGAGGCCCAGCGCCUCACACGGAUCGCGGAGCCCUCCAACUACAGCGGCUACGGCAACUACAGCAGGUACGGCGACUACGGCGGCUACGGCGGCUACGGAGGCUACGGCGGCUACGGCGGCUACGGCGGCUACGGUGGCGACGCAUGGGCCGAGUACAUGAAGCGGAUUUCUCCGCCAACGGCACGGGCAACCGGUCUUCCGAUUUUUGGAGGGAUUUCGCCAAGUCCAACUUCUCCGGUUUCGGCCAGAACAGCUCCGACUACAUGCGCUCCUACUACGAGCACAUGGCACGGAACUUCAACGGCAGCAAUGUCAGCCAGGACGGUGCCAACGAGUCCUCCGGCCCUUCUGCGGGGGACAAGGCCGACGGCAGCGCGGCGGGGAGCCACGACGAGCUCUAG